UACUACAUCACAAUGUUAAGGGACCCAGUGUCGCGUUACUUGAGUGAAUGGAAACAUGUCCAAAGAGGUGCAACCUGGAAAACUUCUCUUCACAUGUGCGAUGGGAGGAGCCCCACGCCAGAGGAGCUGCCGAUGUGCUACCUGGGAGACGACUGGUCCGGGGUCAGCUUGCAAGAGUUCAUGAACUGCAGCCACAACCUGGCCAGCAACCGCCAGGUGCGCAUGCUGGCCGAUCUCAGCCUGGUGGGAUGUUACAAUUUGACCUUUAUGAACGAGAGUGAAAGAAAUACGAUUCUCCUCCAAAGCGCCAAGAACAAUCUGAAAAACAUGGCCUUCUUUGGACUCACCGAAUUUCAGAGAAAAACACAGUAUCUCUUUGAGAGAACAUUUAAUCUGCAGUUUAUUUCACCUUUCACUCAGUAUAAUAUCACCCGAGCCUCUAACGUGGAUAUCAGUGAGUCAGUCCGGAAGCACAUAGAAGAACUGAACUUCCUGGAUAUGCAGCUAUAUGAAUACGCUAAAGACCUAUUUCUGCAGCGCUUUCAGUACGCGAAGGAAGAAGAGCACGAACGAAACCGCCAAAAACGACGGGAGGAACGAAAAAUGCUGCAUGAGCAGAAGGGCCACGAGUGGCAAAAGGAAGAAAUGGAAGAAAUGGCUGUGACUGAGGAUUAUAACAGUCAAGUGGAACGAUGGUGAAUUGUCCUUGUGUGGGUGCUGCAUAGGUGGAUGAACACACA